AUGUUGACAGACCCAAAAUUUGAUGUUUUUGUUAGAGAAUGUGUAAUUGAUUUGCUAAUGAAGAAUUUAAUGCAUAUGGAUGGGGGAUUGCCUAGAGGAUGGUCUUGGCGUUUUAUUGAAGGAAGGGGACUUUAUAGAAUGUUACAUUUGGCUACUCAAGUACCCGAAUUGUGUGAUUACCCAGUUUCUGCUGAAACACGCCAACAUGUGGCUAUUUUUCUUACUCGUUUAUAUGAUGAUAUGGUUUUCGAUCAACGUCGCGCUCUUUAUUCAGAAGUUGUUAAAAAUGUUUUUGAUGGCCUAUUAAUCGACAUUGACCAAAGAAUUUCCAAAAUUAAAUUGGUUGCUUUAUUAAUAACUUUAAUGCAAGGUCCAAUAGAUGUUGGUUUUAAUCUUUUAACAAACGAUAAAAUUACUGGAAUUAUGCUGUCUAUGGCUGAUGUUGAAAAUGGGGAUAAUUUACAACAAAGCUUAGCUGUUGAAUUAAUUGUUUUGUCUGUUAGUAAAUAUGAGAGAGCAACAGCUUUGAUUAAACAAGGAUUGCCAAUAUUAAAAAAGCUUUAUCGUUCUGAAGACCAAAAUGUUCGAGUUCGUGCUUUAGUAGGUUUAUGUAAAUGUGCUUCUUCUGCUGGGGAUGAUUGCAGUCGUCAGCCUAUGGAUGAUGAAUCUAGAACAAAAUUAGCAAUGGCUUGUAGAAAAUAUUUGGUUGUUGAUAAUGCUAAUAAAUAUUCGGUUGAUGUUCGCCGUUUUGCUUGUGAAGGCCUGUCAUAUUUAUCUUUAGAUGCUGAAAUUAAAGAACAAAUUGUUUGCGAUACAGAAUUACUAAAAUCUUUAGUUGAAUUGGCAAAAAAUGCUGGUGCUCUAUGUGUUUAUACAAUGGCUGCUAUUUUUAUGAAUUGUGCAAAUGCUUAUGAAAAACCUAAAAUUGAUGAAGAAAUGAUUAAACUAGCUCAAUUUUCCAAACAUCAUGUACCUGAAACACACCCAAAAGAUGCUGAUUCUUAUGUUGAAAAAAGGAUAAGACAAAUGGUAAAAGCUGGUGCUGUAACUGCUUGUGUGUUAGUUUCUAAAACUGAAAGUAAAAGUGCUUUGGAUAAUUUGGCAAGGUGUUUAUGUGCAUUUAGUGCUUUUGAAGACCUUUCUGGUCAAAUAAUAAGCGAAGGGGGUGCCAAACUUUUACUUCAAUUAUAUAAAGAUUGCACUGCUGAUGGAAAAAUUAAAGCGGCACAUGCUAUUGCACGUUUAGGUGCCCAUAAUGAUCCAAAUAUUGUUUUUGCUGGCCAAAGAAUGUAUGAAGUUGUUAAACCUUUAGUUGAUUUAUUACAUCCUGAUGUUGAGGGCCGUGCAAAUUAUGACAGUUUAUUAACUUUAACAAAUUUGGCAUCAAUUAGUGAUUCUGUCCGUAAAAGAAUUUUGCAUGAAAGAGCAUUACCCAAAAUUGAAGAAUAUUGGUUUGAUCCAACACAUGAAGAGUUGAGGGCUGCUGCUGCUGAACUUUUACUUAAUUUACUUUUUUGUGAAGAUUAUUAUAAAGAAGUUAUUAAGCCAGGAACAGACCGCGCCAAAGUUUGGGCCCUUUAUUGUGAUGAAGGUGAUACAGAAACUGAUCGUUUACGACUUGCAUCAACAGCUGGUUUUGCUAUAUUAACAGAAGAUAAAGAAUAUUGUGAAAGAAUAAUUAAAGAAAUUUCAAGUAAAAGUUGGAUAGAAUUAUUUAAAGAAAUGGCAAUGGCUGAAAGACCAGAAUUACAAAGAAGAGGUUUAAUUGGGAUAGCAAAUAUGGUUGAAUAUGGAGGGGAAAUGGUUGCUAGUGAAAUUAUGGGGAGUGAGAUUUUCCGUGUUCUCGUGGCUAUAACAAAAUUGGAAGGUGAUGCAGCUACUGGUCGUGAAGAAGCUCGUAAAGAAGCUCAACGUGCAUUAGAUGCUGCUCAAAAAUUAGGAUUAAUAGCUCCAACAGAUCGACAGCUUUAUGAAAGAAUGGAAAAAAUAAAAUUGGAAAAUAAAAAUGAAACAACAGCUCUUGCAAGUGUUUUGGAGGAAGAAAAGGAUGAACAAGCUGAAAAUAAAGGGGGAGAAGUAGAUAAAGAAAAUGGAAAAUAA